AUGGCUCUUGAUCUUGAAAAGAACUCAAUCUACGAAAUUUCCAAAGAAGCUUCGGAGACUUCUUACAUUGACCAAUCCUCUGGAUCGGUCGAGGAAGCUCCCAAGACCUUUGUGGGCAAGUUCAAUAAGUUCAUGAACUCCAUGAACGCCGAAGUUAGAGGCAUUGAACGUAUCCCUGAAGAAGAACAAACAGAUGUGUCCAUGUGGAACACCGCCAGUAUGUUCUUUGGCUGUAACAUGGUUGUUGCAACUGUUUCCCUUGGAUGUCUUGGUAUCACCGUCUUUGGUUUGGAUUUCUGGUCUGCUUUCUUGACCAUUGUCUUCUUUAACCUUCUUGGUACCCUUUCUGUUGCCUUUUUCUCCACUUUUGGCCCUCACUUUGGUCUCCGUCAAAUGGUUCUUUCUCGCUUUUGGUUUGGUGCUUACACUGUCAAGAUCCCCGCUUUCAUUAACCUUGUUGCUUGUGUUGGUUGGACUGCUGUUAACACAAUGGUAUCUGCUCAACUUCUUCAUACUGUCAAUGAUGGUUCUCUUCCUCCUUGGGCUGGUGUUUUGAUUAUUUCUCUCAUUACCUUUGUCAUUACAUUUUUCGGUUAUCACGUUGUUCACCAAUUUGAGAAAUGGUCUUGGAUCCCCAAUGUUAUUAUUUUCCUCAUCAUGGCCAUUCGCAUGGGCAAGUCUAAGCAAUUCACUUACGGAACCAUGGUUGGUGGCGAAACCACUGCCGGCAAUGUUUUGUCUUUCGGCGCCACUGUCUAUGGUUUUGCAACUGGUUGGACUUCUCUUGCUUCUGAUUACACAGCCUACAAACCCAAGAAUACCUCUCGUAUCAAAAUCUUCCUUUCUGUUUAUGGUGGUCUCAACUUCCCUCUUAUGAUUGCUAUGAUCCUUGGUGCUGCCAUGGCUAUGGGUACUGUAAAGAACCCCGCCUGGGCCGAAGCUUAUGAUACCAACAGUAUUGGUGGUCUUUUCUUCAUGGUUCUGGUUGAUGAUUCUCUUCACGGCUUUGGCCAGUUCUGCGUCGUUCUUCUUGCACUUUCUACCGUUUCUAAUAACACUCCAAACCUCUAUUCACUUGGUCUUACAGCCCAAACAUUCUGGGAGGGUCUUAGAAAGGUGCCUCGUGCUAUUUGGACUCUUGCCGGUACUGGUGUUUCUAUUGCCAUUGCCAUUCCUGCCUACUACGUCUUUGACAGUGUUAUGCAUAACUUUAUGAAUCUUAUUGGAUACUGGUUGGCCAUCUACACCGCUAUCUCAAUCUCUGAGCAUUUCAUCUACAGAAAGGGAUUCAAGGGCUACAACCCUGAUGACUUUGACGACGCCAAGAAACUUCCUCCUGGUAUUGCUGCUGGUAUUGCCUUUGCUUGCGGUGCCGCCGGUACUUGCUUGGGUAUGGCUCAAGUUUGGUGGACCGGACCUCUUGCUAAGCCCAUUGGCAAGUUUGGUGGUGACAUUGGCUUUGAGCUUGCCUUUGGCUUUGCAUUUGUUGCAUUCAACAUCUUGAGACCCUUUGAGCUCAAGUAUUUUGGCCGAUAA